CGCCGCCACCGUCACUGACUUGCCUUCGGUUACCGAUCGACAGUCAAGCGGCAAAAGCCGUCGAUGGUGCGCGUGUAGUAGUUGCUGUUGCGCGCAAGUUCGCAUUGAGCGUGUGCGGGUGAGUGCAGGGGAGUGCGUGCGUGAAUGCGUAUCUGCAUUUCCUGCGAUGCGGGAAUCCGAGGUCGGGGUGCACCGUGCGUGACCACGUGAGUGCGUGCGCGCGCCAAGCAGAUUGCGCUGCACGGAUGAUAUCGCGCCAUAAGCAUGAAGCCUCCUCGAGGCACACUUUUCGAGUGCCGUUAAAGAUCGCCACGAGCAUCGAUCGUGGAGCGAGUCACGAUCGUGCCCUAAAUCCGUGAUUCGAGAUACAGGAAGAGAGAGGCAGCAGAGCAAAAAAAAGGAGGAUUACGAAAGAGACGCGAAGGGAGAGCGCCGAACCGGUUGGCGAAUUCGAAAUAAGCCGGCCGCGCAUCUAGCCGGCAUUUGCCACGAUUCCCGGAUGCUCCCGGAUGUAACCGCAAACAGCAUGACGUUGCUGGUGAUAACUGUCGUCAUCUUGUCCAUGCUCCAUGCUUCGCUGGCCAGUCUCGAUCUUCAGGGUGCCAAGUGCGGUGACAAGCGCUGCAACACCUCGGAGUACUGCAGCCCUUACGAUACCCAUUGCAGACCAUGCACGGAAGCCUGCGACGUCAACAGCCGCAAUUACCAGCCGAGCGAGUGCAUAAGAGACUGUCAAGUUUACCUUCAGGAUCAGCGCUAUGUUCUACGCAUGGACCUAGGACAAUACGAUGAUCUCAGAGAAGAAGUGGAAAGGCUUAAGAUUAUGUUCACCGUUACAACGACGUUGACCUGUUUUUCAUUAUUGGGGAUACUAUACCUGUUAGGAAGGACCUUAAUACGGUGGGAAAAAAUCCAAAACACCUUGCGGGCUGUAUUCUCAAAGAAUUGGGCAAAAGCGACUGGUAAGAACAAAGUGCAAAACGAUGUCGAGACGGCCGUGAUUAAACAAAACGGUCUUAAAUUAGCUAUGCCUACGAUAAGUGCCACAGUGGAACAAGAAGCCAAGAGUAACACGAACAGUAAUGGCACCACGCCGGAGACUACGAGCACUUCUCUGUCACGACGCUAUCCCAGCGAAGACACCACUCUCGAUUUUGCUUACGAUAAUCCGGCGAUGACACCGAGUCCGGAAGCCGCACAGCUUAGGACGAAACGCGAGAGCUCGUUUUAAGGCAACAAAUUUUGAUGAACAUUGGUAAGAAUACAUGCACACAUUGUUCUCGACUUUGGAUUUGAGAAAACGUUGCAACAAAAUAUUUGUAAAUAUGCUUCUCUUCGUUUCGUGGAAGCAGUAUGUGACUUAAAGUUCCACCGUCGAAGUUGGAAUAAUUUUGUGAUGAUAAUCUAUUUUGUAAAAAGAAAG